GAGGGGUGUGAAGGUAGGAUUGAUGAUUUUAAUAUAUAUAGAUAUAUAUAUAUAAUAUACAAUAUAAUAUACAAUAUGCAUCCACUUAUAUACAAUAUAGCUGUAAAGGAUGUAAAGGCUCUGUAAAGACGUCCAAACACACCCACGAGGCCACAUGGGAGAGAGAGAGAAAAAAAGAAAAAAAAAAAAAACAUAUGCAUGUGCUCUCUCAGGAUGGGUGCUCUCUUUGGGUGAAGGAGGAGAUCAAUAAAAAAAUAAAAAAGAAAGGUGUGGAGGGGAGGAAAGUGGACCGCUCACGCGGUGGGAUUAUUAAAAAAAUAACAAGAUGUAUGGUAUUAAUAAAAGGCAUCUCUGCAAUUGGAGCUGCAGGAUUUUGCUGGGGUGCCAAGGUGGUCGUGGAACGAUCAAAGUCUGAUUACCUUCAAGCUGCGGUACUGUUACACCCUUCCCUUGUCACUGUGGAUGAUAUUAAGGAACUGAAGGUUCCAAUUGCUAUAUUGGGAGCUGAGAUUGACAAAAUCUCGCCACCGGAGCUUCUCAAACAGUUUGAGGAAGGUUUAUCCUCUAAACGUGAGAUAAAUGGUUAUGUGAAGAUCUUUCCCGGUGUUGCACAUGGAUGGACAGUCAGGUACAAAGUGGAUGAUGAAAAAGCUGAGAUCAAAGGCAAGCUAUAUGGCAGCAACUGAAUCUGCAAAGGCAAAACUUAGAGCUCAAGGAUCGCCAAGGUUGGGUCAAGAUGGGGCUGAAAAUGGUCAGG